CAAAUUUUUUCCAGAAAAAAAAAAAAAAGCCCAAAUCUUUGUACUGGAUUCCACUGGUGUAUAUUGUUAGCUCAUUUUUCCAACUAGAUGCCACCACCCCUGGCGAUGACGACGGUUACUUGGUUACCCUCUUCUGCUUUGCCGCGUCCCCCCAAACCCUUUUUCCGGGGAAGACAUAACGCCGCCGCACACGUCGUCAAGGCUGCGAAAUGGCCUCGUGCCAGCAGCGUAGGAUUCGCAUCGUUGCGCGGAGAGAGACUGCUCAGGUUCAGCACACUCCAUAGGGGACGCCGUAUAUCACUUCUCACGGCGGAUUGCGGCGGCGAUGGAUCGGUUUCGACCGACGGGGACGAUGAGGUCCAGUGGAGGAGAUCGUUACAGGCAAUUCUCUGGAUUGCGGAGGGAAUUUAUGUGAUUUGGCUCUUUUUGCUCCCCUAUGCGCCUGGAGAUCCCAUAUGGGCAAUCAGUUCAGACACUGUGAAUCAUCUUGUUGCCCUUUCCCUUAAUUUCUUUCUCAUUUUGCCUCUCUUGAACAAUGCUGGCAUUCAUUUCUUAGAGGCGCCAGUGCAACACCCAGUGUCCGAAGGACUAUUCAAUUUCGUUAUCGGGUGGACGUUUAUGUUUGCGCCUUUGUUGUUCACCGACCAUAAGAGGGAUAGGUAUAAAGGGUCGCUGGAUGUUUUUUGGAUCCUCCAAAUGUUCCUCACAAACACAUUCUUAAUACCAUACAUGGCCAUUAGGCUAAACAGCGGAAGGAAAGUAGAUGAACCAAGAAAGGCCUCUCGGUUUGGUUCCAUCAUGACUAACAAUGCACCCAUUGUGGGGCUAAUUGGCGCUGGGGUCUGUUUGCUGUCAACAAUUUGGGCAGUCUUCAAUGGUGACUUUGGUGGCAUAGCAGAAAGGUGGGAGUUCUUGGUGAGUUAUAUCGGAUCCGAAAGACUUGCAUACGCCUUCGUUUGGGACAUAUGUCUCUACACGAUUUUCCAACCGUGGCUCAUAGGAGACAACUUGCAAAACAUUCACAAGGAUAAGGUUAAACUGGUGAGUUAUUUUAGAUUCGUUCCAUUUGUUGGCCUCCUUGCCUACUGCCUCUGUCUAAACCUUGAUCAUGACAAAUCUAAUACAUGAAAAUGAUAAUGGAUGGACAAGCAACAUGCAUUAUAAACUAUGAAAAUAACUUUUUCUUGGAAUUUAGGUAUACAUACAUCUAGCUAGCUACUUAGUACUUUAGUAGUGAAGGCCCUGAUUUGAUCAAUCAAUUCAUCAGUUCUUGUUUGCACAAGUUGUGAUUGCCCAAGGAUAUGAAAUGCAUGGCCCACACCUUUACUCACAAAAACCUUCACUUUCUUCCCUGCUUUACUCAAAGCUCCACAGUACUCCAAACUCCUGUCUCUUAAUAUAUCCAGCUCGGAGACGAAAACUAAACUCGGUGGAUCCCUUGAAUCCUUCAUACCAUCUAUCGCACGCCCGUUUGCCGCAAUUGGAUUGCACCACGGGUGGUCCCGGUUAGCCCCUGCAGGGAGAGCCAACCUCCAAUACGUGUCCGAGGCCGCCAGCGUGAGGAGCGAAUGCGGUUGGUGGGCCAUGCACGUCUCCGAGCGAGUCCUCGAUUCUCCUCCAAAAAAAGGUUGAAUGAGAAUGGUGCCUUUUAUGGCCAAGGGACUAGUCACCAAGGGUUUAAAAUUAUGUUCUCUUUUGGGACAUAAUAACCUUAGGGUGACAUUGUGUACUAUGUUGGCACCAGCACUAUCACCACAUAGGAAAAUGCAAGAAAGGUCACAUUUGUUUGACCAAUGAUAUUCCUUCUCUGUCCUCCCAUGCUGCCUUAGGAGCCACAUAAUUGCCUUUACCCCAUCGUCAUAUGCCGCCGGAAGUACAUUCUCCGGUGCCAACCGGUAAUUUACAGAAACUAUUGCACACUUGGUUCUUCCGGCCAGUUUGGCUAGGAAUUCAUGGU